AUGGCGGCCUCGACCUUCCUCUGCCGACCGUCUCACCGCCCUCUCGCUUCCACGCAUUUCCGUUGUUGCUCCGUUCCCAGCCCCCAAACAAAGUUCGUCACCUUCUUCCGUAGUCGUAGCCGCUGGGCGUCGGCCUCAAUGAGCAUUGAAGUCCCGAUGAAGGCGCCGAAGCUCUCCUUUUUGGACCCUAAGGAGUCCGGUUCCCUCCAUUUCGUGAAGUACCACGGCCUGGGGAAUGAUUUCAUUCUGGUUGUUCUUGUCUCGUGUACUUCUUUCUAUCCCUCAAUCACUUUUUGAUUUCGUAUGAGCUGAGUCUCUCUGUUUGUUACUCGCGCCUUUUGGUCGUUUCUAGGUGGACAACAGGGAUUCCGUAGAGCCCAAGGUGACACCAGAGCAGGCCGUCAAGCUCUGUGAUCGAAACUUUGGUGUCGGUGCGGACGGUGUGAUCUUUGCAAUGCCAGGUACCAAUGGAACCGACUAUACCAUGAGGAUUUUUAACUCAGACGGCAGCGAGCCAGAGGUAAUAUUUCACAUCUGGAAGUUCCCAAGCAGUCGUUUUUGUUGCGUUUUAUUCACAUUCUUUUAUUGUCAUUCCUUUUUAAUAAGCAUCGCCAUUCGUUGGUAGCAAACCCUCUGGUCAUAGUUUAUUCGCUAUAUGUAGUCUGAAAAAUCUCAAUCAACGUAAAGGACUUGUAUCUUGUUUAUUUUCACUUGAAAUCUUUGUAUGUUCCCUUUACAUGGUAUUUCCCUUUAAAUUUUUAUUGAGCUAGGCGAGUUCCGUCGUAAAACAAAAUUACGAAGAUCAGCCUAUUGGUUUUCUACGGCAACUUUGGGAACUACUGUUCUGUACCCGUCUUGGAGUUAUCCUACCAGGUUUUUAUGAGUGAUUUCAAAUUGGGAAGCGUCUCGCACAAUUCUGGUUAUUUCUGAAAACAUGCAAUGUGCACAUUAGGUGCAACCUACUGACAAAUUUAAGACCACGACGUAAAUAGCACGUGUACGAUGUGAUAUCUAAAUGAGAGACUGAAAGAGAUUUUUUUUGAAUUGGCCAUUGGAUCAACUCGGGUCACAUCCGUAUGGGAGAAUUUUUUUCUUGUUCAUUUAGCUUUGGACUGAAUAUAUGGCAUGCAAGAGAGAGAGAGAGAGAGAGAGAGAGAGAGAGAGAGAGAGAUGAUGACGAUGAUGACUACGGGGUAUCUUAGUUUUCUGUGGAAAUGUUCAGUGGAUGUAUGUUCCUUUCUGGAUUGAAUUGAGGAUUCUACUUUCUCCCAGAGGCAAUUAUUGGAUGUCUGUUUACUUAUUUUCUGCCACAGUAUGAUAUAUUCUUCCGUCAUCUAUGGACAUUCAUCUCCAUUUUAAUUAUUUUUCUAUAUCUUGUAUCCAUUAUAUGAUAUGCAAACUUUCUAGAUGUUGAUUUGCUUUGACAAUUUCAUCAACUGUAUGCUGACAUUUCCGAAUCUAACUGUUUUUCUGCCUGUGGCUUCAGAUGUGCGGAAAUGGUGUUCGUUGCUUUGCUCGAUUCAUUGCAGAGAUUGAAAAUUUUCAUGGAAAGCAAAGGUACACAUGCUCACUGUUUAGUCUAUCGGUUUUGCGUUCUCCUGGGGUUGAUCAUGAUUGGCUAACAAUAGUAUUGUUGAUGUGAAUGUUUUUUGGUGACUUCUUUUAUCAUUACUACUGUCAUCUGUUUAGGAGUAGGCACAAAACUUCAAGUAAAGCACUAGGGCUACCUGUCUCAGGCCUUAUAUUUUAUCAUGUAUUAUAAUUUCUAAAGGUUUACUCUGCUUCCUGUAAUAUUUGUGUCCUGUCAGGUCUUCUGCAUUGAAUUUUAUUAUUAUAAAAAGUUAGACCAAUAUUUAUGUUUCCUGGAAAUUUCAUCAUACGUCGACCUUGACUUUACUCAAGGGUUACCGACGACUUAAAAGUCACCUGAUUGUGGAAUCAUAUUCUUUUAUGGUUUGUGUUAUGAGAAUGUGAUUGAUAUUAGUAAAAAUGCUAGAAUAUCAAAAUGAGUAGCAUAUUAGCUUAGUUCCUGAUUCAGCUGUUUGCUUUUGAACUGAGUGGAUCUAUCUUUGUUCCCUCCUUUUUGCGAUCAGUUGGAGCUUGUAAAGUUUUCUCAACGUUUCAUCUAUGUAGUUAUGAUAAUUUCAUUAUCUCUAACUGAAUAUGUGCCGAACUAUGAAGAUGACAACUUUCAUAGUAGGUUUUGCUACUUUAAUGUUGCUAAGGCUUACUCAUUGUAGCUUAUGUAUCCUGCAGCUUUACUGUUCACACAGGUGCUGGUCUGAUAGUUCCUGAAAUCCAGAAUGAUGGGCAGGUAUAUCAGCUUUUAUUUUGGAUUGUCUUUUCUCUUUAUGCAUUCUAAUGACACCACAGAGUAAGGAAUUCGAUGUGGCACAAUGCUGCUCUAGAUAACUCGAAUGAAUUCUGCAUCAGUUUUAUACAUCAUUCUUUUUACCUGUCAUCCGUUACAUCGUGCUUUAGUACACUGCUUGAUGAGGGAAGUGAUGGAAACUGCAGGGUACAAUUCCCCUGCAGAGUAAAGUCAUCGAUUUUUAAUUUGUGUGCAAUUAUUUAUGAAAAGUUCUAUUUGUUCCCUUUUAUUCUAGUGAAAUAAAAUGACACCAGAGCUCGUCUCACUUUUUCUGCAAACUUUGCAUUGUAACGUCAGGAUACUAUAUCCGAAGCAAAUGAAAGUUAUGCUGCUUUAUGAAUUUUCACUAAUCAUCUAUCUGCCAUUUUGAUUCGCUACGAAUACAAUAAGACUUUCUUUCCCUUGAAGAAUAAAACAAGGGCGAAUGUUUUAUGCUCAUGGCAACCUAUUACAUCUUAUUUCAUAUCUUUUAAUUAUUUCUUGGACUAUCUAUAAACAAUGUUUGAUUUUCCACAGGAAGAUAAAUGGUAGCACCUUGUUUAUAAUUGUGAUUAUUAUUUUGUUAUUUUGUGGUAGGUAAGAGUGGAUAUGGGUCAACCAGUACUUUCAGCAGCAGACAUACCUACUAAACUGCGUGGGAACAAGGAUGGAGAAGUUAUCGGUGAUGAAUUACUGGUGGAUGGUGUAACAUGGAAAGUGACAUGUGUUAGCAUGGGAAAUCCUCAUUGUGUCACCUUUGGCACCAAGGAGCAAGAAGUAAGUGAUCUUAAAGUAUCAGUUACAGCCAAUUGUAUAUGUAAAGUGAUUUUUAGAAAAAAGGCAUAUGAUCCCACUUUUAUCUGUCGUGUGAACUUGCGUGUGCUUUCUUUUUAUCGAUUUGCAAGUUAUUAUCUCACUCUCUCUCGUCUCUCCUCAUACACGAGUUCCUCACUUCACGGAAUACAUGCCGCUCUUAUAUCCACAAGUGAAAUUCUUUUUCUUUUUGACAAGACUGAUUAUAUGUUCUGUUUUCCCACAAAGAUGAAAAUUUUUGCAUUGCGGCUCAAAUUUUUGGACCGAGUUAAAGUGUCACUUGAUGACUAAUUUCUGUUGUAUUAAGCACGCUGUUAUUUGGCUUCUUUCCACUUAGAUACCUCAAAUUUUCAGUUUCUGUGGGAGCUGUAGAUAAAACCUGGAGGCCUGUUUGGAAGUGUUUUUUUGUUUACUUUUUUUUGUGGCGUAACAUUGGGGUAUUCGAAUAAACCUGAUAGAUGUAGGCCACUGCCAGAAGGCUCUGAGCUCAGUAAGGCUCCUGAGCGAUGAUCCUCUCUCUCUCUCUCUCUCUCUCUCCCUCUUCCCCCAAUUCUUUUACUCCACCUCUGGUUCUGUCGUUCCUGGAAUUGUCGGAAGUGAGGCUUCAUCUGUAAAAAACUGGCAAAGAUCUGAAAUACUCUCCACCUUUUAUUAGGAAGUUAGCUUUUUCCUGUUCAACAUUUAAUACCAAAUCCACCCAAUAAAACUUUUGAAACCAUUAAAAUUGAUUGAUGAAUCGUAUUAACACAUUUAUAUAUGAAUUCUGAAACGCCACCCUUUUUUUAAGAUACUAUCUUAAAUGUAUAUUGUCUUGUGCAGGGAUUGCUGGUUGAUGAUCUAGACUUACCAAGUAUCGGUCCAAAAUUUGAGCACCAUGCAAUGUUUCCUUCUCGAACAAACACAGGUACCCGCUUCUUUACAGGAUUUUUUUUACCUAAAUUGUAUGAGACAAUUUUGAUUUUAUUUGUCUGGCAUAAGCAGCGGCGUGAGAAUUUGAUCAUCCAUUCUUUCUUAUCAUAUCCUGCUGAGGUUGUCAUUUUGAUCCUUGGAUCAAGGUCCGUUAUGUAGAAUUAUAAGGAAGAUAAACACUUAUUCUGUUUCAAGAUUAUGAACUUGAUCUGUUUUUGGUAUGACUUGGGCAAUUGUUUCUGUGAAGUACGCUGGUUCUUCCCCCUGUACCAUCUUUAAGAAUCCCAAAUAGAUGGCACUGAAGCGUGUGACCCACACCCGGCUGUUGGGGCGACGGGCAGGCCCCAAUGAGUAGGAGCGCGUGGCAGCUGCCGCAAAGCUCGGGGCGUGAGCCUGGGCGGAGCGGCCGUCGGUGUAGAUCUCUAAGCAGAUACUGUGCUCAUACUAACUCAAGAUUGAAAUGGUGGCCGGGAGGUCGUUAGGCAUCCUGCAUAUUGGCACUGAUGCCCCCUGACGUUGGGCUUGGUUCAUGAGCAUCUUCCUUUCGGUACCUCACAGUUGACUUGUCCGGUUUUCCUCGAAAGAUUUCGUGGUUGACUUGAGUCGUCAAGAAUGGAUCCCUUGCCCAUUUCCAAUCAGAUUUUUUUUUCCAUUUUUGGUCAAUAUGUUUUAGUAAUUUUCCAGCUACCCUCUCCUGGACGUUCUUACAUAUGUUAAAACCUUACUAUUACUCUGGAUGGUGAAUAAUCCCUAUUUAUUUUUUGCAGAAUUUGUGCAAGUCAUCUCUCCUUCACACCUAAAAAUGCGCGUAUGGGAGCGUGGCGCAGGUAAUUUUAUUUUUUUACCUCCGUAAUUUAUAUCUGGAACCUGUUCCCUCAAUCUUUAAUCUUUAGUUAAAUAUCUUUUUUUAGUAAAAAAACCCAGGACACAUAGAGGGAGAGAGAGAGAGAGAGAGACCAGGACUGAGCACAGGCGUCAUUGACAAGGGCUAGACCUGGACUAGGCCCAAACAUAAGCCUGUAGAUGGGGGCUGAGCUCCCAAGAAUCUUAGAGAGAGAGAGAGAGAGAGAGAGAGCAUAGCCAUUUUGAUUGAUGCGCCAGUCCAUUGCUACUGAUAAAUAGUUGAUGACAAUUUUUUUGUAAUAAAACCCCAUAAAUUUGUAAUUCUUUUGUUGUUCGUGGUGCAGGGGCCACUCUUGCUUGCGGAACCGGAGCCUGUGCCGUCGUGGUCGCCGCAGUGCUCGAAGGCCGGUCAGAGAGGGUGAGUGAGAGACGCGGGCACUGGAACCCGAUGUUGUUCGUGUUCUCCCUCUUCUUCGCCGUCAGUAAUACCUCUGAUGAUGAUCUUCUCGUCUUCAUCUCGCAGAAAUGCGUGGUUGACCUCCCCGGAGGCCCUCUGGAGAUCGAGUGGCGGGUGGAGGACAACCGCAUUUACAUGACGGGCCCGGCGGAGGCGGUGUUCUUCGGCUCCGCUCUCCUCUGA